AUGCGGCUCUUUUCCAAAAAGCCUGUAUUCGACAGCGUGAAGGUGAAGGCUACCCUUCGAAUGGCUGGGACGCGUGUACGCAUGCAGCAGAACAAACUUGUCAAUGGCGUAAAGAUUCAACGGCGUCAAAUUGCAGAGCUCCUUGCACUGCAGAAGUACGAGUCGGCUCGCAUCAGGGUGGAGCAGGUGAUACGCGACGAUGUGGCUAUUGAGGGCCUUGAAGCGCUCUCACUUUUUCUUGAUCUUCUCGCUAACCGCGUUCAGAUGAUUGCAGAGAUUAAGGGUGGUAAAGGUGACGCCGCCGAGGCGCGGUGCCCACCGGAGCUUAAGGAAUGUAUCACUUCAGUUCUCUGGGCCUCUGUCCGCCUGGGGGAUGUUGCGCCGGAGCUGCAGAAUAUUAGGAAGUACUUCGAGAUAAAGUUUGGGAAGACCUUUGUGGCGAUGGGCGUAGAUAACACGGAAUUUUCUGUGAAUCAGACAAUUAUUGAUCGUCUUGGCAUAUUCACACCGUCAAAUGAACGUUGCCUGCAGUACCUCACCAUGAUUGCCUCUGAGUACAGCAUUGAGGGCUACGAUGAAGAGAAGUUGCGUGAUCCGAACACGUUAGUCGCCUCUGCCGCUGCCGCGAGCGGCGCCGCCAUAAUGCAUACCACCAAUGAGAAAAACGCAGUCGCCGCUGCCGCUGCCGCUGCAGGUGGAGCUGUCGCCAGUAGCGGCACCAUCAAAACACCAUCGGGACUGCGCAUUCCAAUACUGACGACCCCGCAUGACGAAUUGGAGUGGCGGCUGCUCCAACUAAAGAGAGCAUAA